AUGCUACCCGAAGAUGAAAGACUAGACGCUUGGAACUACGUGCUAUUUUUUGUCGAAACAGUUAUGAAUGCUGCAUAUCUUCCAUUUUUUCUUUUAUUUUUCUACAUUUGUGUUACUCAGAAGAACCUGCACGUAAAUUUCAGAUCAACUUUGUUUUUGGCUGGAGUUGGAUAUCUGAUUGGAGCCAUCCAUCGUUUAAUUCUUGUUUCUGCUCGAGUGUGCUGUAUAGGGAAAGGCGAUGCACCAAUAGUGGACCAUCUCCGGUUAUUCCAAGCAUUCGGGCAAGAUUUGUGCCUCUCCGCCUACCUCUUUGUAGUUUUCGAAAGAGCAAUGGCCUCAACACUCUCGAGCUCAUAUAAUCGGCAAUGCAGCGGUGCCAGCGGUGCUAUGCUGCUUACCUGCUUGAUUUUUUGGAACGACAUAUUUCACAUAGUUGGCAACUCUGGCUUGUACUUUAUGAUCGUCCAAACUGUGGCUGUAGUUCUUUGUCUUGUGGCUUUAGUGGUGAUACUGAGAAUAAACAUUUUACUAUAUCGACGACGUCACGACUCAAUGUUGCAGUUGGAGGACAGAUAUCAUUUAGACGAAAAUAUUCGAACUGGAAGGUAUUAUAUACCCGUUGCGCUAAACGACUUCGUUUGCAAGGUGAUUUUUAUUGGAUUGAUGACGUACUCCAUAUUUUUCACAAACAUUCCACUCGGUCGUGACACAACACAUUUAAGUCACGCUUACGAUGUGAUGUUCGCCUAUCAACGAAUGUUUUUCGUAUUGGCUUUGACGUUGCGGAGCGAAAAGCUCGACAAUGUGUUCAGACGGAAAAAGCGGUUUGUUCAAGUGAUGGACAGUCAAGCUACGACCAAUCAUUUUGAUGGUCUUCGGAUGAUGUGGUCGUGA